GAGGCGGCUGGACUACGUGAACCAUGCUAGGAGGCUGGCAGAGGACGACUGGGCAGAGUUGGAGGGCGAAGGCGAGGAGAAGGAGGGGGAAGAUGAGGAGGAAGAGGAGAUGGACGUGGAUGCUGGCAAGAAGUUGCCCAAACGCUACGCCAAUCAGCUGAUGCUGUCAGAAUGGCUGGUCGAUGUCCCGGCGGAUCUGGAGCACGAGUGGGUAUUAGUGGUGUGUCCCGUGGGGAAAAGGGCACUAGUCGUGGCAUCCAGGGGCACAACAUCAGCUUACACCAAGAGCGGCUUCUGUGUCAACAGGUUCCCGUCCCUGCUGCCGGGGGGGAACCGGCACAACUCUAACGAGAAAGUGUACUGCAUCUUGGACUGCAUCUACAAUGAGGUGGAGCAGACGUACUACAUCCUCGAUGUGAUGUGCUGGAGAGGACACCCCGUUUAUGACUGCCAGACUGACUUCAGAUUCUUCUGGCUCUCCUCAAAGAUCCAAGAGGAGGAAGGACUGGGAGAGAAAAGCAAGAUUAAUCCAUUCAAAUUUGUGGGCCUGCAGAACUUCCCCUGCUCCUCGGACAGCCUGUGUAAGGUGCUGGCUAUGGACUUCCCCUUCAAGGUUGAUGGGCUUCUCUUCUAUCACAAGCAAACCCACUAUACCCCCGGCAGCACCCCGCUGGUGGGCUGGCUCCGGCCCUACAUGGUAGCCGAAAUCCUUGGGCUGGCCGUGCCCACCACAGCGCUCACUGCCAAACCAGACUACGCUGGGCGUCAGCUCCAGCAGAUCCUUGAGAGCAAGAGGAGUAAAAAGCUGGCAGCAGGAAAGGGUCAUUCGACCAGCACGGUGUCUGCAAGGAAUGGACAUUAUGAGCUGGAACACUUGUCUACCCCUCAGCCAGCCAACUCUCCGGAGGUCCAGGAUGAAGCAGUGAGCCAGAUGGAGAAUUAGGCUGCUGGGACAGGCCCCAUGGGUAAGGAGGAAGCAAAAGGUUCCACGCUUCUUGCUGUCACUC